GAUACUGUCGACAAACAAAAGAAAAAAGGUUUUUUUUUUUUCAUACAUCACGAAUUUUCGAGCUAUUAAGGAUCUAAAUCUAACAAACCUCCGAUCCAAAAGAAUGGCGUCGUACCGGCCGCCGCCUCCUCCGUCUCCUCUCCCACCGCCGCCUCAAAAUCCCCCACCCCCACCACCUCUUCCUCCGUCGUUACCUCCUCCCGUCCCUCCCCCACCGCCGUCGCAUCAACCUUACGCUUAUCCUCCUCAUACUUACUAUCAACAGCCGUCUCACUAUCCUCCUCCUCAAUUCAACCAGCUUCAAGCUCCUCCGCCUCCGCCUCCCCCGUCAGCACCUCCUCCUACCGUACCGGAUCCUCCUCGGAACCAAGCGGCCAAUGACCGCCACAAAGCGGCCUCCAAGCCGCCGCGGGAGCGUCCUCCAUCGAAGCAGCACCACAGGCCUCAUCAUCAUCCGCAUAGUAAGAAUCCGGAAGAGGAGAGGAGGCAAAGGAAGAAGAGGGAGGCAGAGAAAGAGAAAGAGAGGCAGCAGAUGAAAUCGUCGUCUCACAAGUCUCAGGUUCCCAAGGGGCACACGGAGGAGAGGAAGCCUACGCCUCUUCUCACAGCCGAUAGGGUCGAGAAUCGGUUAAAGAAACCAACCACCUUCAUCUGCAAGCUCAAGUUCCGGAAUGAGCUUCCUGAUCCUACUGCUCAGCUUAAGCUUAUGACCAUCAAGCGUGAUAAAGAUCAAUACACAAAGUAUACCAUCACGUCUCUGGAGAAGUUAUGGAAACCAAAGAUCUUCGCCGAGCCUGAUCUUGGAAUACCCUUGGAUCUUCUUGACCUAAGUGUCUACAAACCACCGAAAGUGAGGCAGCCUCUUGCCCCUGAAGAUGAAGAACUGUUGCGUGAUGAUGAUGCUGUUACCCCUAUCAAGAAAGAAGGCAUCAAGAGAAAAGAAAGACCUACCGAUAAAGGUGUUUCCUGGCUCGUCAAAACGCAGUACAUUUCUUCUAUUAAUAAUGAAUCCACAAGACAGUCUCUAACUGAGAAGAGAGCAAAAGAACUGCGAGAGAUGAAAGGAGGCGUCGACAUCUUGCAAAAUCUUAACAAUAGAGAGAGACAGAUCAAGGAUAUUGAAGCAUCCUUCGAGGCCUGCAAAUCUCGACCAGUUCAUGCCACCAAUAAAAAAUUGCAGCCUGUUGAAGUUUUACCACUAUUGCCAUAUUUCGAUAGGUACGAGGAGCAGUUUGUGGUAGCGAAUUUUGAUAGUGCUCCUACAGCUGAUUCUGAGUUUUUUGGCAAGUUGGACUCUUCAAUUCGUGAUGAACAUGAAUCACGGGCCAUUUUAAAAAGCUAUGUAAUUGCUGGAUCGGACAAUAGCAAUCCCGAAAAAAUUCUUGCGUACAUGGUUCCUUCCUUGGACGAGUUGUCUAAGGAUAUGCAUGAUGAAAACGAGGAUAUCUCUUAUACUUGGGUUCGCGAAUACCUCUGGGAUAUACCACCAAAGGAACCAAACGAGCGUGACACAUACCUGGUGUCGUUUGAGGAUGGGACCGCUAGCUAUUUGCCCCUACCAACUAGGCUGAACAUGAGGAAGAGAAGGGCCAGGGAAGGAAGAGCGUUUGAUGAGAUUGAACACUUACCAGUACCUUCAAGGGUGACUGUAAGGAACAGAUCGUCUGUAUCAAUAAUCGAACAUAAAGAUUCAAUGGUUAAUUCAAAUUCUAGGAAUGGUGCGUCGAGCUCCAAGAUGAGAAGGUUAGAGGACGAAGAAGGCCUUGGCAGAUCUUGGAAACACGGGUCGGAACAAGAUGCUAAUCAAUAUAGUGAUAAUAAUGAUGAUUAUUCUGAGUGAAUGUGUGCGCCAUACAAAACAAUUAUUAUAUGUGUCGGAAUCAAACAUGCUUUUGGCAUUGCAUUCCAUAGGGUCGAGACAUGUUUUGCCAGUAAUGUAUGUCGGAAAUGUGGGGUUUAGGAGAUAAAAGACUUGUGUGUUCCCUAGUGCUUUCAUCAUGCAAGUUACUUGUUUAAGCUACCA